CUAUUGGCUCAGAUGUGUGCGUGUGAUCAUGCCGACGUUGGCUCUUGGCUUUCUAGCGGCUAGCUAGCUAGCAGCUGAGCUAAUGUUAGUGCUGGCGAUUUACGCUCGUUUUCCUCCAAUACAACACAAUAUCACCAUAUAUUUCACAAAGCGCUUCUGCAAUCGGACGCCGCGCUGAUGACGACAGCUUAACUGUGUCCGGGACGAUGAAUGGAAACCCUCCUUCGGCUGUGUGGAGAUGACCAUCCACCCAUUUGGGAAUGGUCAGAAUGGGGCCAGAUGUGCCCCUUCUUAAUGAAUACAAGCAGGAGUUCUUCUGGAAGCGCUUCCCGCAGACAGUGUUGGGCGGUCCACGCUUCAAGUUGGGUUACUGUGCCCCACCAUAUGUCUAUGUUAAUCAGGCAGUCUUGUUCUUGGCGCCAUGGCUUUUUGGAGGCAUUGGUACUCUGCUCUGCCAGCUGCAGCUGCUUCAGGAGCUCCACGCUGCAGUGCUCUCUGGUGUGCUUAUGUCCGGGGCUGCGGCGGGUGUCCAGGCCUUGGCGUUGUAUGCUGCACGGAGCAGUAGCACAGUGGAAAGACUUGGUGCACCGAACAUCCUGGUUGAUGAGGAGGAAGUGGAAUUCACCCACUGUGUCAGCCCGGAGACGGUGCGAUUCAUUGCCCCUGGGAAGAGGUUUGGAGUGAACGUGGUUCUGCAUACAGUACUUGCCGGGGUACUCUGUGGCUUUGGAACAUGGUAUGUGUUCCUUGGCAGACUGACUGCUCUUUAUGGCAGCAUUGGUGUAUCCGUCGUCGUCUUUGUCCUAAGUUGGGUGACACUGUGUAUAGCGGAGUACUCCCUAAUUGUAAAUACGGCCACAGAGACAGCCACUUUCCAAGCACAGGACACAUACGAGAUCACCCCACUCACCCGGCCACUCUACAUUUUUAUUUUCAUCGCUGUUGACUUGGCUGACAGGUUCUCUGACUCUGUCCCUGAGCUCCAACUGGCCAGCCAAGUUCUCCAUGUGCUGUUCCUCUUCCUACCUCUACUGUGGGCGCUGGGUAUCCUGCCUCCCUUGGAUGCUCUGCUUCUCUGGGGCAUGGAACAGGCUCUUGUGUUUGGCUUAGGAGGCUCACCCAUGUCUAGCAACGUCAGGCUGCUGUUGAUGUUUGGUGUAUCUGCCGGUGUAGCUGUGUGCAAUUAUUUCAUCCCAUCAACACUUGGUGUGGUUCUCUUCUCCAUCUCUAUGGGGUUUUUGCUGAGCCUGGACCUCAGCCAGGUCAGCACACUCUGCAGAGGUCCUGCAGCAGCCUUUGGAGACCAUGGAUUUCGCACAGGGGGUGCACCACCCCCACCUCCUCCCAGUUCUUUUGGUUGGAAUCUGGGCUGCAGGGAGCUGCUGCUAUAUUUGAGCCUGCUACUGGUGGCAGUGGCAGAGGCGGGGCUGUUGCAUCACUUCCUCGGUUCCGCUCAGUCUCAGAGCUUGGUUAUAGGACCUCAGGCUCCUGUCAGCUACCUACUCCUCAUACUUUUCUGCCUCUGCUGGGCUCUCAGAGAGAUCCAGGGGGCCUAUGUAUUUGGUGGGGUGUUCCUCAAUCCCCUGUACCCCAAAGGGAUGUCCAGUGUACAGACUUUCAAGCAAAGGAAUAGAGGGUUAUACAUAGCUGCAGCAAUCAGAAGAGUCCUUCUUUAUUUCGUGUCUCCAUUUGCAAUGGUUGCUUUUUUGUCGAUGGACAAAUCUCUGCAGCUUCUCCACAGGGCUGCCCUCAGUGUGGGAUUCACACGAGCCUUCAGAGUGGUGUGGCAGAGCUCAGAAGACGCUCUGCUUCAAAUGGUGGUGGUGGUGCUGGUGCGGCUGGCAGCCGGAAACAACAUGCUGCCGGGGUGGGACAACCUGGGAACUGGAGUUCAGCUUCUUCUGGUGGGCCUUGCGAUCGACAGAGUGACCCAGUUUCUGGCCAAACUGAAGUUCACCCUGACUGUCUUGGUGACGUCAUGGACGGAGAAGAAGCAGCGCCGGCAGUCGGCUGGAACUCUCUUAGCUCUGAAUGCGUCUAUAUGCCCGCUGCUUCUGGCAGUGGUGACCCUCUCUGCUCUGCUCUCUGCCCCACUGCUGCCCCUCUUCACCCUCCCCAUCUUCCUGGUUGGGUUUCCCAGACCUCAGCGCACUUGGCCGGGGCCUGUGGGUACGGCCUGUCCCUGCAUAGACUCCAUCUUCUACCAGCAGAUGAGUGGAAGUCUGGCGUCUGCUCUGAGGACGGCCUUUGCAAGAGGGUCAUUGGGGUCUUUAGCCCCCGGCUCUCAUUUUCUCGGCCGCUUUCAGGACCGUAUGGUUUGGAUAAUGAUCCUGGAGAGAGGCUAUGGCUAUUGCACAGUCAACAUAAAGGGUCUGGAGCUGCAGGAGACAUCUUGCCACACGGUGGAGGCGCGGCGAGUGGAUGAGGUGUUCGAGGCGGCCUUUGAGCGCCCCGAACAUCUUGGCUUCACUCAGGGCUUUAACCUGCACUGGGGGAACGCCCUCACCCCUUGUGCUGCCCUUGCAGUUCGAGUCUACUCCGACGCUCGGAAUGUGCUCUCUGGCAUCAUUGACUCUCAUGACAACUUGAGGAAACUUCAGGAUGAUUUUCUCAAAGUCCUAGUCUGGUUGCUCAUCCGAUACUGUGUUCAGAGGCAUAAAGGUUUCCUUUGGAUUAGUGAAGACGGGCUAGGGGUCGGAGGCAGGAAGUCCCAGUCAUCCCAGGUGGCUCAGACGACCUGCAACCCGCCGCCUGAGGCCGUAAUUGUGGAAUCCAAUGUGUCGUCUCUCAGGUUUCGACAAGACAGCUCCAGCUUGACCUCCUUUGGGGAUUGGUCAGAUGAAGAUGACUUAUUUGGCCCUCAACCAGCCAGGCGGACAGUGGCAUUAGUGACUGCAGAGGCCCAGCCUGGACACACAGUGCUGCAGACAGGCGCCUCCCUGCCAGGCUCUGUGGAGAUGGACAGUCUCUUUGAAAACAUGGCUCUCUCUGCCUUGCAGCCUCUGCAGCCUCUUGGACUGGGCAUUGGGAUGCCAGCAGUAGAUAAUGGCAGAAGCACAGAGGUCUUCAGAGAGAGUCCCAACUCUGUUCCUCAUCUGAACUUUAGUUGCCCCCAAUCGGAGGUCUUUAAUCUACCAACGGGGUGGAGGACAGCACCGUUACUACCGUCCCGCCUGCUGCAGCUCAGGCCUUUGUUUCCCGAGGACUGGUUUCGGUUUACCUUAGGUCGCUUUGGGCCUGCUGUACAGGGCGAGACGUCAGAGGACAUGUCCAAAGCCCUGAAGGAGGAUGACGCGUUGAAAGAACUGCAUGCUCAGGUUGCACUUUCCUGUCUCAUCUCACUGGGGGCAGAGUCUGCCUUCACCAGUCCCAGUUACGUGUACAGGCUCUAUUGUGGAGAUGUACCAUGGACAGAAGGACUCGAAUGGCUCUCCUCAAGUAAAGAACUUUAUCAGCUCUCUCUGCAAGCUUUCAGGUUCAGUUUCAAGCUGCUGUUUGAUCAAGCGAGCCUCGGGCCCUUGGAGUCCCUUGAGGAAUUGUUCAGCACCUUGGAGGAAUAUGAAAGGGACUGGUACAUUGGCCUGGUGACAGAAAAAGGCUGGCAUGACAGCGUCCUUCAGGAGAAACCUUUCCUGUUCUCUCUAGGGCACGACCUAGCUAUGGGUACCUACACGGGGCGAGUCCUGUCCCUGCAGGAGCAGCUGGUGCAAGUGGGCCGUCUGAAUGGCGAGGGGGUACGAGGCCAGUGGGCAAACCUUUCCUGGGAGCUCCUGUAUGCUACUAAUGACGACGAGGAGCGUUACAGCAUCCAAGCUCAUCCGUUCAUGCUCCGAAACUUAACGGUUCAGGCGGCCGAUCCCCCUUUAGGGUAUCCCAUCUACUCUUCAGCACCUCUUCACUUCCCCUGCCUCUGAGCUACUUUUGAAGAGGUACCGUGCCCCAGCAGCAAAUGAUCUUGUUUCCAAAGUCGGUGGUUAUUGGGAAAUUGAUGUGGAACCUAUUUCAAAAUCAAGAGAAAACUUCAAACGGUUUUUUGGAGUUUUACUUUUGUAAUUCUUGACUUCAAAAUGGAUGGCGUCCAUCUGAUUUGGGAACCGAUGUUGUUUUUCCCCAACAUUGACAUUAUGUCACGUCACGCUGUCCCAUGGUACAUGUUUUAAUGUCAGUGUGGACAUUUUUUUCACUGGUCAGCACUUUCAAAAAUAACAUUGACCAUUGAUGGACACAUAGGUUUUGUGAUUUGUCUGUUAGUUGAGGAUCAUGCUUAUAAAGAAGUGGAAUAGAUUUGCCCACGC